AUGGAUCGCUCCUACACGCCAUCACCACCAAAUUCACCGAGCCUCCACAAUGACAGCUGUAAUAUCGCUCCGCUCACCCCGUCACAGUCUCCGGGGAGCGAGCGCCGGAGUAUCCGAGUCCCUCAAUUCUAUGUGGUGGUGGCCAUUGACUUUGGCACAACAUCCAGCGGCUAUGCCUUCAGCUUCUGCAAGGACCCGGAAGCUAUUCACAUGAUGAGGAAAUGGGAAGGAGGUGACCCUGGGGUGGCUAACCAGAAAACACCCACCAGCCUGCUCCUGACCCCGGAGAAGACCUUCCACAGCUUCGGCUUUACGGCGAGAGACUUCUACCAUGACCUGGACCCCGAGGAGGCCCGAGACUGGCUAUACUUUGAGAAGUUCAAGAUGAAGAUCCACAGCACCACUGACCUGACCAUGAAGACGGAGCUGGAGGCUGUGAACGGGAAGAAGGUGCAGGCGUUGGAGGUCUUCGCACACGCCCUGAGGUUCUUCAAGGAGCACGCCGUCCAGGAAUUGCAGGAUCAGUGCCCCUCCCUGGAUGAGAAGGAGGCCAUUCGAUGGGUCAUCACCGUCCCUGCCAUCUGGAAGCAGCCAGCCAAGCAGUUCAUGAGGGAAGCCGCCUACCUGGCGGGUCUGGUGUCUCCAGAAAACCCGGAGCAGCUCCUGAUUGCUCUGGAGCCGGAAGCCGCCUCCAUCUACUGCAGGAAGCUCCGCCUACACCAGCUUAUUGACCUCAGCAGCAAGUCCCUGUUCAACGGCGGCUUCCCCACCGACCGCACACGCAGCAUUGACUCCAGCUUCAGACAAGCAAGAGAGCAGCUGCGGAGAUCUCGGCACAGUCGGACAUUCCUGGUGGAGACUGGAAUGGGGGAGCUGUGGUCGGAGAUGCAGGCAGGUGAUCGCUACAUUGUAGCAGACUGCGGCGGCGGGACGGUAGACCUUACAGUACAUCAGAUCGAGCAACCGCAGGGGACACUGAAGGAGCUCUACAAAGCAUCAGGGGGUCCGUACGGAUCUGUCGGGGUUGACCUUGCCUUUGAGAUGAUGCUGUGCAAGAUAUUCAGUGAAGAUUUCAUCCAGACGUUUAAGGUGAAGCGUCCAGCCGCUUGGGUGGACCUGAUGAUCGCAUUUGAGGCCCGAAAGAGGACGGCUGCCCCGCAGAGGUCCAAUCACCUGAACAUCUCCCUCCCCUUCUCCUUCAUUGACUUCUACCGCAGAUAUAAGGGGCACAAUGUGGAGACAGCACUCCGGAAGAGCAGUGUGAACUUCGUGAAGUGGUCAUCACAGGGGAUGCUGCGAAUGUCCUCUGAAGCCAUGAAUGAACUCUUCCAGCCCACCAUCCAGCAGAUCGUCCAGCACAUAGGUGACCUCAUGAACAAGCCAGAGGUAAAAGGCAUCAAGUACCUGUUCCUGGUGGGUGGUUUUGCAGAGUCACCAAUGCUUCAGAAUGCUGUCCAGACUGCCUUCAGCGAGAUCUGCCGGGUCAUCAUCCCACAAGACGUUGGCCUGACCAUCCUCAAAGGCGCAGUACUAUUUGGUCUAGACCCAACUAUAGUGAGAGUGCGACGUUCACCCCUAACCUACGGUGUUGGAGUCCUUAAUAAGUUUGUUGAGGGGAAGCAUCCACAGGAGAAACUCCUGGUGAAAGAUGGGAAGAACUGGUGCACGGACAUCUUCGACAAGUUUGUCUCGGUGGACCAAUCGGUGGCACUCGGUGACAUCGUUCAGAGGAGCUACUGCCCGGCCCGCCUCGGGCAACGUAAGAUUAUCAUCAACAUCUACUGCUCCUCCACCGAUGAUGUGGUCUAUAUCACCGAUCCUGGAGUCAGGAAGUGUGGCACCAUCAACCUGGACUUACCAGACAUCAGUGAUGCCAAAACAUUUCGGCGAGAGAUUAAAGCAAGUAUGCAGUUUGGAGACACAGAGAUCAAAGUCACCGCCAUGGAUGUGAAGACCUCAAAAACUGUCCGAGCCGCCAUUGACUUCCUGUCCAACUGA